AUGGAACCUAAAUCUCAAAGUGCUACAGAUCAGCUAAGAGAUACUCAUUUUGUCCUACAUUCAGAACUGCAGCGAAUGAAUGCAAUUAGCCAAACGUUAGGCUCCACUUCUAAAAACUACAAAGACAUUUCAGAUCAAUAUGAUGAUUAUGGAUCAGAGUUUAGUCGGGCUGGAAAAUUUUUAAGGGAAAUGAGAAGGAGAAUAUCAAUGCAAGAUGUAAUAUUUUAUGUGUGUUUUUAUAUCUUUUUAGCUUCAGCUGCAUGACUUUUUUUGAAGAGAUUUGGAGUUAAAACAAUUUUAUCCUGAUUUCUUGCUAUUUUUUAUUAUUUACUAUCUUAUGUUUUUACUUAUUUCGACAAUGAAACGCAAGGACAAGAUCUUUAA